AUGGAAAGCUACCAGGCUCGAAAGGAGAAAACAGCACAGGAAAUUGCCGAUGAAGAAGACAAAAAGAUGAUGGAAAAUGCAAUUAAGAGUGGCUCGAGAUUUAGAAAAUGGGGUGCCAUUAUGUCGACACAUAAGUGGAAUAAGGAGGCCACAAAAUACUACGUGUUCAUGUACAUUGCGUUUCUAUUCUACGGAUACCAGUAUUUCAAAAAAAUUUAUUCGUACGAGACCGAACGGAAGAACUUACUAGAUAAAAGAGAUCAAGAGGGCAAUCUCUCGGAGUGGGAGAAACUUCGAAUUAGAGAGUUAUCCAGAGACUUGAUCCGUACUACUGAUAUGGAGAAGUUGAAGGCUUAUCAUUUGUUGAAGGACCAAUGGGAUGCUAAAUAUAAAGAAUGUAGGACGAAAGAACAGAGGGACGCGAUAACCGAUUUCGAUCCUCAACCCGAAGAUAUUGAGGAUAUUAUCGACAGAACCAUGGAGAAAUCUAUACUACCACCACGUGACUUAUCUCAGUUCUACAACGAAUUGGCCGGAAAAUAUGACAACGAGGUGGGUAAAGAGGAGUUACUUAUGGGAAUGGGUCGCAAGAGAAAAUGGCUUAUGCGUCAUUGCAACGGAGAUGUACUAGAAGUUGCGUCGGGUACAGGAAGGAACAUUGAUUACUUUGAUCCUACAAAGAUCACAUCGUAUACACUCUUAGAUCCUUCUGAGAAGAUGAUGGAUGAGGCUUUUACUAAAUUUAAAAAGGAAUGGCCUAAUUUCUUUAAGGUGAAAUUUGUCGUUGGUCGGGCAGAAGAUUUAAUCAAGAUGUCCCCCAAAGAUACACGGCCAUUCAAAUACGACACUAUUAUUGAGACUUUUGGCCUCUGUUCUGAAGAGGAUCCAGUUCAGGCGUUGAAAAAUAUGAAGGAACUUCUCAAACCAGGCGGAAGAAUCGUCCUACUCGAACAUGGAAGAGGUACUUGGAACCUGGUUAAUAAGAAAUUGGACACUGGAGCGCAGAAGCAUUCAGAUUCUUGGGGUUGUAGGUGGAACUUGGAUAUAGGAGAACUUAUUGAUAGAGCGGGAUUGGAAAUUACCGCGGAGAAGAGGGCUCAUAUGGGUACCACUUGGUCUAUUAUUUGUAAGAGACCAGGAGAUAUUUUGGACUAUGAAGAAUUGGGCUUUUUCGCAAAGUAUUUCACCACCAACAAAACCAAGAACUUCAAUUCAUCUGUCGGACCAAACGAUGCAUUCGGGAAGGAGAAGGGAGAGACAGAUCUUAACAGGAAAUGA